AUGAGCCGGCAACUGAAUGUCAAGUCUGGUGGUGACAAGCGGGGCUUCAGUGGGCACUCGGCGGUGGUGCUGAGGAAGGUUGGGGGCAGUGUGGCUUCUUACCGUGCACCCAGCAAAGGAGAUGGUGCUGCCUUUGGAAGCCGAAGCCUCUACAGUCUCUGUAGAGGGGAUCUCUGUAUUCCCCUCAAGGUGGCUGGCAGCAGUGUUCAGACUGGAGGUUACAACUUCAGGCUUAGCUCUGGGUAUGGAGGGGGCCGGGCCAGUGGCUUUGCUGGCAGUAUGUUUGGCAGUGUGGUCCUGGGGCCUGUGUGCCCAUCCAUGUGCCCAUCCAUGUGCCCACCUGGGGGCAUCCACCAGGUCAUCGUCAACAAGAGCCUCCUGGCUCCCCUCAACGUGGAGCUGGACCCGGAGAUCCAGAAGGUGCGCGCCCAGGAGCGGGAGCAGAUCAUGGCUCUGAACAACAAGUUCGCCUCCUUCAUCGACAAGGUGAGGUUCCUGGAGCAGCAGAACCAGGUGCUGGGGACCAAGUGGGAGCUGCUGCAGCAGCUGGACCUGAACAACUGUAGGAAAAACCUGGAGCCCAUCCUCGAGGGCUACAUCGGCAACCUGCGGAAGCAGCUGGAGACACUGUCCGGGGACCGGCGGAGGCUGGACUCGGAGCUGAGGGGCAUGCGGGACCUGGUGGAGGACUACAAGAAGAGGUAUGAGGUGGAGAUCAAUCAGCGCACAGCAGCCGAGAACGAUUUUGUGGUGCUCAAGAAGGAUGCAGAUGCAGCCUACACGGUCAAGGUGGAGCUCCAGGCCAAAGUGGACUCUCUGGACAAAAAUAUCCAGUUCCUUAAGUGUUUGUACAAUGCGGAGGUGGCCCAGAUCCAGACUCACACCAGUGAGACCUCUGUCAUCCUGUCCAUGGACAACAACCGUGACCUUGACUUGGAUAGCAUCAUGGCCGAGGUCCGAGCCCAGUAUGAGGACAUCGCCCUGAAGAGCAAGGCUGAGGCCGAGGCGCUGUACCAGAGCAAGAUCCAGGAGCUGCAGCUGGCAGCUGGCCGGCACGGGGACGACCUCAAACACACCAAGAACGAGAUGUCGGAACUGAACCGGUUCAUCCAGAGGAUCCGCUGUGAGAUUGCAAAUGUGAAGAAGCAGGCCAUUUCUGUGUGCAGUAAACCUGCCCCACGUCCCCUUCAGUGUGCCAAUCUGGAGACGGCCAUUGCCGAUGCCGAGCAGCGGGGAGACAGUGCCCUGAAGGAUGCCCGGGCCAAGCUGGAUGAGUUGGAAGCUGCCAUGCACCAGGCCAAGGAGGAGUUGGCCCGGAUGCUGCGUGAAUACCAGGAGCUCAUGAGCCUGAAGCUGGCCUUGGACAUGGAGAUCGCCACCUAUCGCAAGCUGCUGGAGGGCGAGGAGUGCCGGAUGUCUGGGGAGAAUCCCUCCUCUGUGAGCAUUUCCGUCAUCAGCAGCAGUGCAAGCAGCUCCAGUUCCCACCCUGGAUCCUUGGCCAGCACUGACCUUGGGGCCAGCACCAUGGCCAGCACAGUGACCAGCAGCUCCAGAAGCACCCAAAGCGGGCAGAUCAGGGCCAAAGGGGCACAAGGGGGAGACCCCAAGGACUCCCAAGACAAGAGCACCCCAGGCAGCGGCCGGGCAAGGAAAGCUGCCCAGUAA